AUGAUUAAUAUGCAGCAAUUACUGGCGAACGGGGGCUGCUGGCGGCGGGGAAGCUGGAAGCUGCCCGAAGUGACCGGUGUGGUGGCGCGGGUCGUGGGCAGUGUCGCCCACGUGUCGUCGGUGCUGGCGCUGCUGACGCUGUUCGGCGCCAUCGGGCGUAACGCCGGCUUCCUGGCGGACCGCAAACCGGUCUACCUCGAGGCGAAGAUCGGCUCGUACGUCGUGCUGGACUGUCCGGUUGAUUUCCCCCAGGACAUACCGAUCCCGUACGUGCUGCACUGGAACAAGGAGAACAAACCGGUCUUCACGCUGUACGACGGCCUGCUGAAUGCGUACGAAACGUUCAUCGGACGCGUGACCAUGCUCAAUAACGACAUCGUGUACGGCAAGGCUUCGCUCAACCUAACGUCAAUUCGGGAAAGCGACAACGGCUGGUACGAGUGCAAGGUGAUCUUCCCCAAUCGCGUCCCGAACAAACGAAACAACGGCACGUGGUUCCACAUCUCUGUACUUGGUGGGACGCUGUUGCGCGUUCCUCCAAUCAACCAGACGGUGCUCGAGGGCGAUCCAGCCUUCUUCCACUGCGUCGUGCAGAACCAGGAAACGAUGUUCGUGGAAUGGUAUAAGGAUGGAGUGUCGCUGAUGGAAUACUUCGACCUAUCGCACCGCUCGACGAUGGGCCCCGACGGUAGUCUCACGAUCAACCCGACGCAGAUGAGCGAUCUCGGGUUCUUCACCUGCGAGGUGCGCAACGCGGCCAACGACAGCCAGGCGGCCAGUGCCUACUUGAACGUGCAAUAUAAAGCGAAAGUAGUGUACGCACCGAAGGAGGUGUACCUGCCGUUUGGCGAGUCGGCGGUGCUGGACUGUCACUUCCGGUCGAAUCCACCGUUGAAGAAUCUGCGCUGGGAGAAGGAUGGCUUCCUGUUCGAUCCGUACAAUGUGCAAGGCGUCUUUUACAACCGUAACGGGAGUCUUCAGUUCGACAAAGUAGAUGAUUCGCACGCGGGACGUUACUCCUGCACGCCGUACAACGAUCUCGGUACGGACGGUGCGUCGCCGAUCAUCACCGUGAUCGUACAGCGACCACCGUACUUCACCCUCAAGCCGAAGCUUGUGUACGUGACCAAGAUGGGUGGCACGGUCGAGAUGCACUGCGAUGCACGCGAUCGGGAUGGUUACCACACUCCCGACAUCAUGUGGGUUAAGAAAGAUGGAAGCCUGCUGCCGCACGGUCGGUAUACGAUCGAGGGUGGCAAUCUGACAAUCACGGACAUCGUAGAGUCGGACCGGGGCAUAUACGGCUGUCAGGCGACGAACGAGGCAGCGACGGUAACGGUGGACGCGGAGAUCAUGAUCGAGAACGUAUCGCCAAGGGCUCCGUACAAUCUGACGGGAAACAGCACCGACACGGCCAUCACGAUCCGUUGGGCUCCGGGCUAUAUCCGGCAGUACCUGGAGUACAUCAUCUGGUACCGGUUGGCUGACGCACCGGAGUGGCGUACCCUUAAGGUGAGCAAUAAGCACAUCCUGGAGGCGACAAUCACCAACCUUCAGCCGGCUCGGGAGUACGAGUUCAUGGUCCUGUGCCAGGAUAACUAUGGCGACGGAAUGUUCAGCAAGGCCUUCCGGUACUUCACCAAGCCGACCGAAUACGAGCAACCGGAGAACGGACUCCAGGACGCACUGCUGCAGUUCAGUCAGAUUGGUUCCCCGAGGAACUUCUUGGUGCGCAAAGAGCAGGAACACUUCCUCGCCCAGUGGGAACCGCCGGAGCUUGGGUUGGAUCAGUUGCGCUUUUACAUUCUUCGCUGGUGGGUUGAGCCGAAACACGUACUUCAUGGCAGUCGGGAGACCUCCGAAACGCAGCUUAUUCUGGAUGAUCUGGACGAGGACGAGAUGUACACGUUCCAAGUGUUUGCCCUGUCGACGACCAACUACACCAGCGGCAGCAACGAGUUCGAGAUCUACGUCUAUCCGUACCGACGCGUGAAGGCGAUGACGAUCGGUGGCGCUCUGAUACUGCUCUUCUGCCUGGCGAUCAUCUGCACACUGCUCUUCCUGAAGCGUAAACGAAUGCGAAAGUUGCGUGAGGCAGAAAAUGUUAAAAUAUGAAGCGAAAACAAAAGCACACCGAAUCCGGUUUGAUCCAUCAACGACCUCCAAGCCAUCGAGGAAAGUGUGUGUGUGUGUUGUUGGUUGUUGUUAACUGCCCAUCAUCAAACCGGUUCGAAAUUUAGAAGUGUUGUGGAAAAAUCAAUGCCAACUCGAUGGUAUCCUGUUCGAUGCAGUGUUUUCCGUUUUCGUUGUUUUCAUUCGCCGCCUUCACGUUGGUAAAACUCAUGCUAUACACAUCGACAGCGUUUUACACUGAGUGCUCCUAGAGCUCCCUAUUUCGGUACUGACCUGCCAAAACCAGCUGCCCAACCGAGCGUAGUAGUAGAAGUAGUCGUAGCCGGCGUCGUAGACUUGCGUGCUUUAGUUCGUAUAGAAAACACAAAAAAGAAAAAUUGAGUUAAAACACAAAAAAACACAGGGGAGGAAGUUUGUAACAAGAGAAAGUUAAUUACCAAGUGCAAGAGAGUGGAAAGUAAUUAAAGUUUUAUCUAGAGUGGGAGAAAUAAGCUGUUUAGUCGGUUGAGCAGGGUUUAUUACAGCCGUAAUAUAGUAGAACGUUUUAAUUAAUUCUAGAACGAUGAAUGAAUGUUAACGUCUUGUCACUAACAAUAAACGAAACCAACAAAAAAAACAGAGAUUUCUA